AUGAAGAUCAUGGGAGUCAAGCACUUCAUGACGACUGCAGGAAGGGCUCAGAGUGAUGGAGCCACAGAGCGCCAAAAUCGGACACUCGAAGAUGCCUUGUGCUGCCAAGUCAGUAACCUCGGACAUGACUGGUCAGAGCACCUCGGCACCAUUGAGUAUGCGCAAGCAUUGAUUCAAGCGUCGACGGGACUCAUUCCAUUCGAAGUGGACACGGGCAGAAAGUUGCUCAAGAUGGCACUUGAGAACCUUGACAAAGCACAGGCUCGUCAAAAGGGCUACUACGACAAAAAGUGCUCCAAAUUGGAGUUUCGCGAAGAAGUUCCCUGGCCAAACGGUUCGGUUUACCAACCGACCCAUACCCGCAAAGCGACUCCAAUGCUUUUGGACGCCAGUGGCCACGAAGUCUUCAUCGUCGAAGAGCUGCUGAAGCAACGACAGUUCAACAGUACGUCAGAGUACCUCGUCAAGUGGCAUGGCUUGCCCGAAUACAAAGCGACCUGGGAACUUGAGCGGGACAUCAAACAUGUUUCCCAUUUCAAGCGACUGGUUAAAGAUCUGCGAGCGAAGAUACAAGCAGCGAAGUCGAUAACCGCGUGA